CAAAGCCUUCGAUACACAAACCGACUUCGUUCAUUCCUCUCUGUCUCCUUCCUUCCUCUCUCUGUCACGCUGAAAUCGGGGUUUCCCUGAAGCUCCGCGACGAUCGGUGGCUCUCCCCUCCCGGCUCCGACCAGAUCGCCCGCGUCCACGAGUCCACGCUGCCGUAACUGACGUUCAGUUCUGCACCUGUCAUCACCGACCUGCUGACGAUCAUCGCUGGUAAGGAGAAGGCACACGGAGAGGGCAUCCCGGACGCUAUCUGCGCUAGGGUUAUGAAGUUAUUAGGAACCCAGAGAUUGACGUCGGCUAGAAGAUUAGGCGCUCGAAGAGAAUACUAUUCUGAGGAUGCCUGCAGUAAUCGGCUCAAAACAUCUACAUCUUAUUCUAAUGUCAUCAAUGAGCCCGGGCAUCGGCAGAAUCUUAGAAGAGCUUUAAUUGAUGCCUAUGGGAAUGAUGAAAGGGAAAGUUCAUCAGAAAGUAGAGUUUCUGUUGAUCGUGUGGGCAAUACCGAGGUAGCUAUGUUAUCUUGGCUAGAUACUGAAGAAGAGGAGUUUGACUGGGAAGUUAUGAAUCUAUCAGUAUCGAGAAGCAGCACAAAUCAGAGCAUGGCUUCUCAUUGUUAUCAGGCAGCAAGGACGUCUGCUGACAGCCGUACUCCGGCUUCACGACACUUUGUUAACAGAGGAACCAGAAGGAAGCUUGCGACAGCAUUUUCUUCCAGUGGUAUGCACUGCCACUCAUCUGCAGGAGAACCUGCGACUGUCAAGGCACGGUAUGCAGAUCCAACUUCAUCUGCGAAAUUGUUUCCCUAUAUUAAUCAGCACGGGUCUCAGCUGCCCCUCGGGAACUCUAUACCGCCGAGCAUGACACAGAUGAGGGGUUCAUUGAACUCGACAGUGGCUGAUACUGUAACAGAUAGAGAGCAGAAUGAGCCUUUAGAUAGUUUAGUUAGCCGGGGUAUGAUUUCGAUGAAACCUGCAGUUUUCCCGAGCCAGCAACCUGUUUCGUUGCCUGUGAGUCGGCGCAGUCAAGCGCAAGCCACUCCCUUAGCUCCGCAGUGUUUCCAUCAGCCUACUGUUUCAGGAUCUAUUCCACGGGGUCCCCUUCGUGCGAUGCCUCCAGCGCCUUCGAAUCUUCUGCGUGUGGCGCGCCCUCCUUUGCCAAUCUCGAACAUUCCAAGCAGCUCCUUACAUCUUCCCAGGGGACCUAUGCCUCCUCUGCCUUCGGGCGCUUUGCCAGCCUUAUCAAUUUCCCAAGGUCCCGGUAAUCAAUUAGCUAGAGGUGCAUUCUCUGAUUUGAUAAGUUCUCUCAUGUCUCAAGGAUUGAUCUCGCUGGCAAAUCAAGCCCCUCUAGUACAGGACUCUGUUGGACUUGAGUUUGACGUGAACCAUCUUAAGGUUCGACAUGAAUCUGCUGUCAAAGCCCUCUAUGCUGAUUUGCCCAGGCAAUGCACCACAUGUGGGCUCCGGCUUAGAAGCCAAGAUGAGCACAGCAGUCACAUGGACUGGCAUGUGAGUAAGAAUCGGACUGCCAAGAAUCGCAAACACAAUUCUUCUCGGAAAUGGUAUGUCAGCACGAGCAUGUGGCUCAGUGGUGCAGAGGCAUUGGUCGCUGAGGCAGUUCCUGGGUUCUUUACCACCGAGACCACCGAGGAGAAGAAAAGCGAUGAGGAAAUGGCUGUCCCAGCAGAUGAAGAUCAGACUGUAUGCGCGCUCUGCAGGGAGCCGUUCGAAGAUUUUUAUAGCGAUGAGGUGGAAGAAUGGAUGUAUAAAGGAGCAGUUUACUUGAAUGCACCUCCUGAUGGCUCAACCACAGGAUUAGAUAGGUCUCAGUUGGGCCCUGUAGUUCAUGCUAAAUGCAGGUCAGAAUCAAGUGGUGCACCCGCUGAAAAUUUUUGACAAGAGGGGGUACGUAUUCGAUGUUGUUCCUGUUCAGAAGAUUUCCCUCAGGCAUUAAUUUUUUAGUGUUCGUUUAAGUUGCACAUAGUCUUUAGCCUCGUGACCUUGUAUCUGCUUUCUGGUGGUUUUGAUCGAGAAUGUGUUGUUUGAAAAUGUUCCGCAUUAUGCAAAAUAUGCCGGCGCUUACAUUCAUGGAGAACUUUUGCUGUCAUCUUGAUCUGCAGGGAAGCAUUGAAGAGGGCAGUUGAAGAAAACGGCUAUGUAGUUAACUAGGAGAUGGCCGAGGUUCUCUUCCUGUAUUAUUUGUUCGUCUCUUCAUUACUGGCGGUAAAUUCUCCCGACCUCAUCUUUCACCAAGAGUUUGGAGCUCGACGAGCUGGUGACCUUUUGUACAUGUAAAUACUUUGGCAUUAUAAAAUGCAACAUCAGUUUGAGAAAUGCCCUUUGCACAUCCCCUUCCCAUUCGACCAUUCGUUUUGCGGCUCUUCCCAAUCUAUACUGUCGCAAUGGUCUUGUGCCUCAUUUUUUUUCCCGGUCGAUGCAACGCAUGAGAGGGAAGAAACAAAGACUUAUGGGAUCCUUCUGGUAGAUGAGGGCUUUGUACUCGGACACCAUUUCUCUUUGCUGAUGUACUUGAAUUGCGAAUUUCUUCAUCUUUUCAGUGUUCGAUAAUCGAUACCGAGAUUUAGAUCUGGUACUGGUUCUGUCAACAUGACAAUGCUUAUGUAGAGAGAAUACUAUGUUCUUUCCAAUUUUUGCUUAUGAAUAAA